AUGAGAGCACAGCAAUCCAGAGCCUACGUUACACAUUUUGUCUCUCCCGAACGAACCCUGCAACCCUUCUAUUGGAACUCCGUUAUUGCCCAAAAUGCCACUCACAAUCCGCAGAAUUCUGUCUCCCUCUACAAGCAAAUGCAAGCACUGUCUAUCCCACCCAACAACUUCACUUUUCCUGCCUUACUCAAAGCCUGUGCCGCUCUCGGCCAUCCUCGCACGACACAGCAAAUACACGUGCAUGUAACCCGCCGAGGCCUUGCUUCCGACAAGUUCACCGUUUCUGCACUUAUCGAUGCGUAUGGCAAGUGUGGCAGCGCAAGUGACGCGAACCACGUGUUCGAUGAAAUCCCCCAACAGGCAAUGGAUAUCGUUUCAUGGACCUCCCUUGUGUCGGCCCUUUCUUCCAACGGUUGUAUUAGCAAAGCCUUUGAAAUCUUUUCUCGGAUGAAACAUUCAGCUGAUCCACAAUGCUGUAAAGGUGAUAUUGUUGGCCUUGCUUCGCUCGUCUCGGCUUGUACAGCAGCUGUAGAUGAUGGCUUGAAUUGCUUGUCCUUUGGUCAGGCAGUUCAUGCGCUUGUUGUUAAACAUGGGUUCGAGUCAAAUACCAGAUUGAGUAACUCUCUCGUACAUAUGUAUUCCGUGUGUGAAGCAAUGGCCGAUGCAUCGAAGGUGUUUGAUGGGAUUAUGAUUGAGCUCAGGGACGUGGUGUCUUGGAAUACAUUAAUUUCUGGGUUUGCGCGGAAUGGGGAACCUGAACGGGCAUUGCAAACAUUUAACGAAAUGAAGUCAAUGGGGCCGAUGGCAGUAGCAACAAAUCGGAUAACUAUGAUUGCGCUCUUGAAGUCUUGCGCAGAUCUGGGUUGUGCCGAUACGUCUCGUUGGAUCCACAACUACAUAGCUUCUCACCAUUCGUCACUCUUGUCAUCUAACGAUAUUGUGGUUUUGACAGCCCUCAUUGAUAUGCAUUCAAGGUGUGGAAAUCUAGAAUGGGCCCAGAAGAUAUUUGACAAAGUUGAGAAGAAGAAUGUGGUCUGUUGGAGUGCUAUGAUUGCUGGCUACGAGCAGAGCUUCUGCCCCGAGGAAGCUCUGUUUCUGUUCCGCAGAAUGCUAAUGGAAGAUUGUAAUGAGGGUAUUGAUAUUAAGCCCAAUGUAGUUACCUUGUUGAGUGUUAUUGCAGCCUGUUCAGCUCUUGGUGUCUCAAGGCCAGCAAAGGUGAUUCACAAGUAUGUUCUGGCAACAGGACUAAACACUGAUGCUCGGGUUGCUUCGGCACUCGUAGAUAUGUAUGGAAAAUGUGGGGAUAUAGAGCUUGCGCGGCAGGUAUUCAGUGAGACAGAUGACUUGAGCAAAACCUUGAUCUCAUGGAGUGCUAUGAUUGGAGCAGAGGGUCUGCAUGGUGAGGGACAACGUGCUCUUAAUCUCUUAAAAGAGAUGAGGGCCAAUGGGUUUCGGCCCAAUGAAGUAACAUACAUCUCAGUCUUGUCUGCAUGUAGCCAUGCUGGUUUGUUGGAAGAGGGUAAUUCCUGUUUUGAUAGUAUGGAGAGAGAGGAUGGGAUCUCCCCUACCACAAAACACUAUGCUUGCAUGGUUGAUCUCCUUGGCCGAGCUGGGCAUCUCGAUGAGGCCUAUGGCCUUAUCUGCAGCAUGGCUGUUGAGGCCGAUUUAGCUGUCUGGGGGUGUCUACUUGCUGCUUGUCAUCUUCAUAGCAAUUGCAAGCUUGGAGAGGUUGCUGAGAAGGAAAUUCUGAGUUUGGACUCACAUUCUGUGGGGCAUCGUGUUCUUCUGGCAAACAUGUAUGAAGAAGCUGGAAGAUGGGAUGAUGUAAUUAGGAUUAGAGUUGAAUUGAAAAGGAAAGGGUUGCGGAAGAUUGCAGGCCGAAGCUUUAUUGAGAUAGGGAACAAAGUUUAUAGCUUUUUGGCAGAAGAUCGGUCUCACCAUGAAUCGGAAAUGAUAUACAAAGAAUUAGAUGCUCUAGAUGAGAAGGUGAAGGAUGCAGUCAAGUAUGACAGAGAAACCAAUACAGAAGUAGAAGACAUAGGAAGUGUAAUUACAAGGUGCAAGUAUCAUAGUGAGAGAUUGGCCAUAGCCUUUGCAUUCAUGAUUUCAAACAGAAAUAGUUUCAGCAACAAAAAUUGCAGAAGAACUAACGACUAUUUAGCAAAGGAAACAGAAGCCUAUCCUCCUAUUCGGAUAACCAAGAACCUACGAGUCUGCAGGGAUUGUCAUUAUUAUACCAAGUUAUUUUCUAAGGUUACCAAGAGAGAGCUCAUUGUUAGGGAUGCUCAUCGUUUUCAUCACUUCAAAGACGGGCUUUGUUCAUGUGGAGAUUACUGGUGA